AUGGCAGCGCACUGUCUGAACGUCAUGCGCAUCAGGACUCUGUACCGGCUGGUCAGUAACGCGGUGAAUGCGAGGGGCAGAACCGGCUUCGAAUGGACCGGAGUGAGCGGGUACAGGAGCAGAACCGGAACCGCUCAUCCCCAAAACCAGCCCGCUUCAGAUACCAACACAGAUCAGCCAGACCUGCUUACCGAGUUCCCUGAACCGAAGAGUCUCCUGUACUCGGCUCUGUCCAGAUCGCUGGGACUGUCCGACAUGUCUCGUUACAUCCAGUACAGCUGUACAGACGGAGAGGUCAAGAGGGCGAAGGUAACUCUACACUGGCCUGAGAAGAUCGAAAUGGAGGGGUUCGGCUCUCGAAAAAUGGAGGCGGAAAGACGUGCUGCAGCUGCUGCCUGCCACAGGUUGAAAGAACUGGGAGUUCUGGGUCCGAGGAAUCAGCUGCCCAGUCGGAGAUUAGCCAGGCAGCCUGGAUGGAGAAGUGCAGAGGAAGACCUGUUUGUGGGUGAAAGAACAGAACCACAGCGAACCCUGAGCAGGAUAAGCGGAGCUGCAGGAAAUUCAGGAGUGGUGAAAGAGGAUCCGACGGUUUCAGAAGCACUCGCCAUCUUCUCAAAGCCCAAAGCACUUCUGGCCAGGAUUCUUCAAGUUGCUACGUCGUCUUCUACUAUCAAAACGAUGGCGCAGUACAAGACGGUUGGAGGGAAGGUAAAGGAGUGCGAGCUCACACUGCUCUGGCCGGAAGAGAUGAGCUUCAACGCUUGCGGCCGCCGCCGACUGGAGGCCGAAACCCGAGCGGCGGCACUGGCCUGCCUCAAACUCAAGGAGCUGGGGCUGCUGGACGAGCAGAAUGAACCUCUUACCCAUGCUAAGUACCACAGGGAGCAGGUGAGGGAGGCAGGAGAGCGUGAGAGGAGACCCUGCCGUGUGGACAUCCCUGAAGAACUGGAGCUCAGGAUUAAAGAUUAUUUAACUCGGUAUCCAGUGGAGGAGGAGGUUCAGAAGCUGUGGGACGCUGAGGAGGAACGAGCCGAGUGGCACCGAUCCUCCUUUAACGAGGACGACGAAGCCGACGAUGACGACGAUCCCGUCCUCGAUGCCAUCACCGGUAAACCGUACCGCAGCUUGAGCCCGGACGAGGCCGAGCUCUUGAACGAUAAGCUGACGAGGCAGUGGGAACGGGCCGGGCCGCGUCGAGGGGCGGAGCUUCCGGUGGACUCUCAUCGGGAGCGGUUGGUGGACGCGGUGGAGGCGUCCCGGGUGGUGGUGGUGGCCGGAGAGACGGGCUGCGGGAAGACCACGCGGAUCCCGCGCUUCCUGCUGGAGGAGCGAGUGAAGGCCGCAGCCGGGGCCCGCUGCAACAUACUGGUCACACAGCCGCGCAGGAUCAGCGCAGUCUCCGUGUCCGAGCGCGUCGCCCAGGAGAUGGGCCCCGCCCUGCGCCGCAGCAUCGGGUACCAGGUUCGUUUGGAGUCUCGCCCCCCGGAGUCCAGCGGAGGGUCGCUCCUCUUCCUCACGGUGGGCGUCCUGCUGAGGAAGCUUCAGUCAAACCCGUUUCUGCGUGGCGUGAGUCACGUGUUGGUGGAUGAGGUGCACGAGCGUGACGUGAACACAGACGUGCUCCUGGCUCUGCUGCGCCGCGCCCUCACCCAAAAUCCUGAUCUACGCGUGGUGCUCAUGAGUGCCAGCGGGGACACGCAGCGCCUCGCUAACUACUUCGACCGCUGCCCCGUGGUGCAGAUACCCGGCUUCAUGCACCCAGUCAGACAGAGGUACCUCGAGGACGUGCUGAGGGAGAUGGGUCGACCCGCAGAGGUGGCGCACAGACGGGUGAGGAAAGAACUGGAUGAUCCGACACCAGACCUUGAUUUGGUGGCUGAUGUGAUUAAUCGCAUUCACACACGCGGAGAGCCUGGGGCUGUGCUGUGUUUUCUGCCGGGCUGGCAGGAUAUUAAAGCCGUGCAGCAGAAGCUGGAGGAGAAAGCGGACUUCAAAUCAGGAUCCUGUCUGAUUUUACCAUUGCACUCCAGCAUGUCUGUAGCAGAUCAGCAGGUCGUGUUCAAGCGCCCCCCAGAGGGUCAGCGCAAAAUCGUCCUGGCAACCAACAUCGCCGAGACGUCCAUCACCAUCGACGAUAUAGUUCAUGUCGUGGAUUUGGGCACCCAAAAGGAGCAGAGUUACGAUCCCAGGACCAAGGUCUCAUGUCUGGACACAGUCUGGAUCUCGCGCUCGAAUGUUACCCAGAGGAAAGGGAGAGCGGGUAGAUGCCAACCCGGCCACGCCUAUCACUUGUUUUCCCGACAACAGCUGGAAGCCAUGUCCACGUUUCCCAUCCCGGAGAUUUUGCGCACCCCCCUGGAGAGCCUGGUGGUCCAGGCCAAGAUCUACAGUCCUCAGAGUAAGGCUGCAGACUUUCUGUCUCAGGUGAUGGAUUCUCCAGAACAAGGGGCGGUGAAGGAUGCCGUGAGGACACUUCAGGAUAUUGGAGUGCUGGAUGGGUCCGAAUGUCUGACUCCGUUGGGCGAGCGGGUGGCUUGUAUGUCAUGUGACCCACGGCUGGGGAAGCUCCUGGUCCUGUCGUCUCUGUUCCGCUGUGCUCUGCCCAUGCUGUCUGUAGCCGCCUGUCUGACCAGAGACCCGUUCCAGAACAGUCUGCAGAACCGUGCUGCUGUCGUAAAGGUUAAAGAAGAUUUGAGUGGCUCGAGCUGCAGUGAUUAUCUGGUGUUCAGUAGAGCGGUGCAGGGCUGGCGGGAGCUGCAGGACAGGCGUGGUCGGCUGGACUACCUGGACUCUCACAGUCUUUCAGCAGCCAGUCUACGCUUUAUACACGGUUUAACCCAGCAGUUCAGUGAGAAUCUAGCAGAGGCGGGGCUUGUGUCCCAUUCUGCCGAGUGUCUCCGUCCCUCAUCCACCCUCAACCAGCUCAGCCAUCAUGAGGAGCUGCUCAAAGCUGUGCUGCUAGCAGGCUUUUACCCCAACCUCAUACAGGUGAAAAGAGGCACUGUAACCAAAGGGGGCAGGUUUCGCCCCAACAAUCUAUGUUAUCGCACCCAGAGUGGGCCUGUAUUACUCCACCGCUCUUCUGUCAACAGGAAUGAAAAGCAGCUUCCCAGUCGUUGGCUGACGUUCUUCUCUGCGGUGAAAUCAAACGGGAUCGUCUUCAUCAGAGAUUCAUCUGCAGUUCAUCCGCUAGCCCUCCUCCUCCUCACUGACUGUAAUCUGGUCGAAAAAGUGAUCGGUGACCGGGUGGAGGUUGCAUUACCCGGUCGCUCUCUGGUGAGAUGGGAACUGUCGUCUCAAAGCUGGGAGCUGCUCUGGGGUCUGCGUACGUCGCUGCAAGCUAUGCUUCAUCGUAACCUUCGUCCUGUACAUUCUGCUUCUGUUCCGGGAGGUGACGGUGCUCAGGACGGCCAGCUUCUGUCUUUACUAGUGGAUCUUCUGAACGACAUGGAGCCGGAUGUGAAUAUUACAGAGUGCAGUGAUGCUGAGUGAUGCCAGAACUCUUCAGGUCAAGUCUGGGCUUUGGCUGGGCCACUCAGGGACUUUCAGAGACUUGCCCGGAAAAACUCCACAUUAAAAGACAUUAAAUUGUCUUAUAUUACAAGACAAACAUUGCGUCUGUGUUGCUAGCAUUUCGAUUCAGCUGAAUUUGAGAAUUUGCUUGACUGAUUUAUAGAAAAGAUAAAUGCUACAACUGUAGGUGUGUGUUCAGGGUGAGUCUAGCACUUUAAGUUCUCGUGCUAAUCUCGUUUUCUCAGUUUGAGCCGUCCUAUCACUAAUCCGGGACACUAGAUAAAAAUUAUCUAGCACAGUGGAUGGCAAAUAAAAGAACCAAACUUUGACUGCUUGGGGAACCACAGGCUGUCAGAACAGCUUCCAUAUUGUGAAUCCACGACACUCUACUGCAGGGACAGAAAGUCUUGGUACAAAGUUUGUAAUAGGGGUUCAGUUGGACUUAGUUCUUGUGGCUGUAAAAACCACAGCACACACCAUGAUAUGCUUUUAACACAGCUCUGACCCACCAAUACAUUAAUGAGUCUUAGCUGCCUUAAACCAACUUGUCAGUGGUUGGCUGCUUGUCCCAUGAACUACCAGUAAUUACCAUCAGCCCAGUGUGCAAUACAUUCCUGACCGGCGCAUACUAGUUUGUUGCGAAAUAGCAUAAUAGGCAAAGCCUUGCACAUUUGAUGUGUGGUUCAAUCCAUUACCGUUUCUAUUCGUUACCAGAAGAGCCAUCAUCUUCUGUCCAUAGCAAGGUGAAUCUGCAUCCACAGUAGCCCUUUGGUAUUAAUGAGUCUUGACUGAUUAAAACCAGCUUGUCAGCGGUUGGCUGCUUGUCCAAUGAACUACCAGUAACAACCAUCAGCCCAGUGUGUGAAACAUAAUAGGCAAAGCCAUGCACAUUUGAGGUGUGGUUCUAACCAUUACCUUUACUAUCCGUUACCAUGAUGUCACCAGAAGAGCCAGCAUCUUCUGUCCAUUGCAGGGUGGAUCUACAUCCAUAGUUGCUCCUCAUGUCCUUUCACAUUAAUGAGUCUUAGCUGCCUUAAACCAGCUUGUCAGCAAUUGGCUGCUUGUCCCAUAAACUACCAGUAACUACCAUCAGCCCAACGUGUAACACAUUCCUGACCGGCGCGUACUAGAUUGUUACGAAAUAGCAUAAUAGGCAAAGCCAUGCACAUUUGAGGUGUGGUUCUAACCAUUAUCUUUACUAUCCGGUACCAGGAUGUCACCAUAAGGUCCUUCUACUUCUGUCCAUAUCAAGGUGAAUCUGCAUCCACUGCUGAUGAGUCGUGGCUGACUUAAACCAGCUUGUCAGUGGUUGCCUGCUUGUCCCAUGAACUACUAGUAACUACCAUCAGCCCAGCGUGCAAUACAUUCCUGACCAGCACAUGCAUGAUUGUUAUGAAAUAGCAAAAUGGGCAAAGCCAUGCACAUUUGAGGUGUGGUUCUAAUGUUUUGGCUCAUGCGUGUGUAGUUGACACAUUUACCAAACCAUUUAGGUUCUGAUUGUAUUCUGUGAAUGAGGGCAUUGUCAUCCUGAAGAGACCACUCCCAACAGAUAGAAUGGUUCAUAUUGAUCACUGACCAGUUUAGUGAUCUGAAGUGACACUUAUAUAGUGGGUGUGCAUAAAUCAGGCAUGGCUUACGUCCACUAAUCCCCCAACAUAGCCACUAAACCCCUAAACUAUAGGGCUCAAGCGUUCAGGCCUGUACCGUUCUCCUGGUGAAAGUCCUGCUUGUCUUAACAAGGUAUGAUGGUAAUCAUUCCUUGUGACAUUUCUCUACUCAAUUACAUAAAACAACAUAGGUUGGCUUAUCGCACAGCAGGUGCUGUUGGUGUUGCAAAAUCCCAGCAACUUAGGUUCUAUCCCCACCUUCAGUUAUUCUCCAUGUAGUUGUGCAAGGCCAGUGAGCAUUUAAGAGUUAAAUCCACACGCAGACCUUUGUAAAUACUCUGCCAUGAACAAAAGACACCUGAUAGUUUCCAAAACCCAAAGUUUUACAGUAUAAAUGUGGAUCAAUGGUGCCUGGGUGUGGCUGCUGAGAUCCCGAGCUCUCCGGUUUGAGUCUCAGCUCUGAUAUUGGCCGGUCGCGCACCUACACAGACAUGAUUGGCUGUGUCUGAGAGAGGGCCGGCUAAAGGGAUUCCUCAAUGUUGCUGCAAUUAUGACAUCUGUUGAUGCAGCUGCACAGAGAUGGUGAAUAAUGGAGAUCAGUGCCGUGACUCUUCAUACGCAAUACUGAUCCCUGUUUGAACUUGCCUUGUACAUGUGAAAAGAAGAGAAUAGCUACUACGCACAGGCGUGUUAGGUAUGGCCCUCCUUGGUCAAGGUAGGGGUCUGCAGCAGUAGAGGAGAUACAACUGGGGAUCAUGAACUUGCAGGACAUGAACUUUUGCACCGUGUUGAGUAGCUUUAUUUAGGAUGUUUAUUGGGAUGAGUUUAUGGAAGGGUUGUACAGAGGUGUGGACGCUCCAGUCUGUGAGUUUUUUAUUUUUUAUUUAAUUUAUUUACUCUGCACUGAGAAUCAGAGUAAACUUCUUCCUGGUUGAAGAAAACUGUUCAUGCUGUUUAUUCUGUUAGCAGACGCUGCUAAAUGAACAUUCUGAAACGUGUUUAUUUAUUAUGUUCGUUUAUUUGUCGCUUAUAACACAAUAAAUCUAAUCUGUGA